AAUAACAGAAGUUUUAACUCGUCUUAAACCCUAAGCCAACCGCAGUGCUGAGCUCAGCCGCUUCCCGUCGCCGUCGAGCUUCGUCUUCUCUAAAUGGCAUUUCUCGCGAGAGCCUCGUUAAACUCAAGCUUCACAACUCGUCGAGAAUACAGCAAUUUGCAGAAUCCAUGCAUUGAUUUGAAAAUCGAAAAUACGUUUGCUAAUAAAUUGAGCUGCAGAACUCCCAUUCCGAAAAAAUCUCUCAUCGCGAUGGCAAGCAGCUCCGCGCAAUCUGCCGCGGUGGUGUCUACGCCUGAGCCGAGGAAUGCUGGAACUUCGAUAAUGGUAAAUGGCUGUGCUGGGAAAAUGGGGAGGGCUGUGCUUGAAGCGGCCAUGGCUGCGGGGCUUAACCCGGUGCCUGUAGCGUUAGGCGGUCCUGAGGAUGCAGGGAAGGUCCUGGAUUUCGGUGGGAUGCAGAUUGAAAUUCACGGUCCGUCUGACCGAGAAUCUGUAUUGGCUUCGACAUUUAAGGAUCAUCCGGACUUGAUUGUAGUGGACUACACAGUGCCAGCUGCUGUGAAUGAUAAUGCUGCUCUUUAUAGCAAAGUUGGGGUACCCUUUGUCAUGGGAACUACUGGAGGAGACAGGGAGCUUCUGUAUAAGACUGUUGGUGACUCGAAUGUUUAUGCUGUGAUAUCUCCCCAAAUGGGUAAACAGGUGGUAGCAUUUCUUGCAGCCAUGGAAAUUAUGUCAGAACAAUUUCCUGGUGCCUUUUCUGGGUAUGAUCUAAAGGUAAUGGAGUCUCAUCAAGCUAGCAAGUUGGAUGUUUCUGGAACUGCUAAGGCUGUCAUCUCAUGUUUCCAGAAACUGGGGGCUAAAUUUGACGAAGAGCAGGUGCAACUAGUAAGGGACCCUAAGUUACAAGUUGAGAUGGUGGGUGUCCCCGAAGAACAUUUGUCUGGUCAUGCAUUUCACACGUACCACCUAACAUCACCCGAUGGAACGGUCAACUUUGAGUUUCAGCACAACGUAUGUGGUAGAUCGAUCUAUGCAGAGGGUACUGUUGAUGCCACUCUAUUCCUCGCCAAGAAGGUGAGAUCGAAAGCUGACAAGCGGAUUUAUGAUAUGAUUGAUGUUCUUCGUGAGGGUAAUAUGAGAUAAAGAAAUCGACAAAGUUUUUGUAGGAAAUAUCCACAAAACUCAGAAAGGUUUCGUGCCACUUUGUAUUCAAUGCGGUUAAUGUGUCGAAGUUAUGUUAGUAUUUAUUUAUAAUGUAAUUUACUAUGAUUUCGAUUCAAAUAAAAUUUAGUUAUUUUUGUUA